AUGAAAUAUUUGGAAAAGUAUAAACUAAGAAAGGCUGAUGUUGUUGUUGAAGAAGCUGUAAGUUUUUUAAUAAUUUUUAUAAAAAAUUGUAAAAUCACACCUUAUUAGAAUGAAAACGGGCUCACUAUGGCCUCUCUAGAUUAGUUCUGGGACAGCUUAAGCCUAGCCGAAGAAAAUUAGAAAAGAGCUAUGCACAUGCUGGCCGAAGGCCAGGCCAAACCAAAGCCACAAAGAUCAAGCUUCGGUCUCGCAACAAAAUAUUUGUCUAACAAAAAAGUCCGGAAAACUUUUACAGGGGUACUACGCUGAUCAUAACAAGAGUUUUGUUAAAAUAAAAAGUCGAUACGAAUAAUGAAAGCAAUUCAAUUUUAGUCCAACUUCCCAUACGAUAUGGUUGUGGUUAUUGGAACAGACAAUUUCUAUUGGAAGUCGGCUCGAGUGGUCAUUCAUCAAGUUCGAAAAUACUUUGGCAAUGGAACAAAAAUCAUAUUUUAUGAUCUCGAAAAUAUUGGAGAGAAAUACGUAAGCUACAGUAAAUUAAGGACCAGUUAUAAUAUUAAUAAUAACUAGGACAAUAAUGUUAUGUUUUAGAAAGAAGAACUUGAAGGUAUUUGUAAUAUUGAAUACAGAUACUUUAAUCUCAGUCGGAUGCCAGAAGAUGUUCGCAAACUGAAGAUUUUUUCAUGGAAAAUCUUUAUGUUGGCUGUAAGUUUAUAUAAUAAAAUACUUUUCUUUCCCCCACAUCUCUUCGAUCUAUAUUUUACAUUUUAUAAUACGGUUGUCUAAAAUUGCUUUUUUCCUUACUGCCUUUUACAAAAAAAUGCCCUUUUAGGACGUCUUCCGUGAGUAUAACAACAUAAUGUACAUGGACUCUUCAAUUUUCAUCAAAACCAACGCCUUCUACACUUAUUUCCAAAUGAUGCAUGAAAAGAAGAUAGUCCCAGUCCACUUGAGUGGCAUAACCAGUCAUGGCAUUCGAUUUGCUACACAUCCACACAUGUACAAGUACAUACCGUUUGAUCAAAACAUAGCCAGAAGGCAAGACAAAAUGCUGGAAGCCAACUUUAUUCUAAUGCAGAGAACUGAGCGGACAAAGGAGCUACUGAAGUGGGCUGUGUUGUGUGCUGCUGUUAGGGAUUGCAUUGAUCCGAUUGGUAAGUUUCUUGGGUAUUUUUGGCCUUUUUACUUGAAAAAGGUUGUUUUGUAGGUUUAUAUGUAUUAAACUGUAAUUAUUUCAACGGUUUAAUGAUUUUCGAUAUUUUGUAGGAGCAAAAAUAACUUGUCCAAUGCCGGACAACAAAGGAUGGAUCGCUGCUUGUAACCGCCAAGAUCAAAGCGUGCUUAAUCUUUUAGUUUUCAACCUAGAAGAAGAAAUGAAUAUUAAUGGUAAGUAUAAGUUUUAAAGGCGUUGAAAAAGACUUUUGGCAUCAAGUCUAGAGGCUUCGUUUAAGUUAUGUUCUUUUUAAUGACAUGAUUUGAACAAUAUGUCGAUGACUUGAACAAGCAUGUUUUGAACAUCAUCACACUUUAAAACUUUAUACCAUGCUUAUCAUAACGUAAAGUAUAAGUUUUAAUAUAGCAAUGAGCAAUCCCCUUCACCAGCUACUCAACAAUAACUAUUAUGAUAAUUUACUCAAAUGUAAAUCCUCUUUACAGGCCCCAACGUGUUGACGCAUUUUAACAAAGAACACCCCAAAAACAAAAAGAAUCGUCAUGACACAAGGCGGAAACAGAGCACAAAAGAGGUCAUUACCCAGUGCAAAAAAUCAUAA